CCUACCCCACCACCAGCAGCAGCACCACCACCACCCAGCCGUCCCCCAUCCCUCGCCCCCGUGUGAUGAAGUGAUGAUGAUGAAUCGGCAGGCAGCACGCAUCCCACCCGCUAUGCAUCACGCGCAGACGGAGCGCGUGGAGGAGCAGCACGCCGGGGUGGCGGCACGGGAGGAGACCGCGUGCGGGCGGCUCGGAGCUCCCUGCUGUUCCUGCGCCCUGCUCGCUCCGUCGUGCGGAGCGGCGCACUCCCCGCCCGCGACCGUCGGCCAGUGCGGACCAUCGUGCACGCGGCGCUAAAGAGAAGACGCUUCCUUCUUCAUACAUAUGGAGCAUUAAUAUUCCGGGCGGGUCUCACUGCAGUCGGGAAGGCAUCGGGAGCUGUAAGGCAGCGCCCCUCGGUAUUCAUCUGCGCUCUGGACUUUCCCACCCACCCACCUCGCCACCACCCCCUGGCGCAAAAACCCCAACAGCCUUGUGCGGUCCCCGUCCGUCUGUCAGUCUUUAGCCAGCAGCAAUACCAGCAGCUCCAGCCAGCGCAGCAGCCACAGCCCAGCAGAGCCCGUCCUCCUACCCCAGUCCGUCCGUCCGUCCUGCCGAGGGACCACAGGCAUCGAUCUGUCGCCGGGAAGGGCGAGUCAAGGGCGUCUACGUCGCCGCGCGGCUUCUCCAUCCCGACCGCUCAUCAUCAUCGUCCCCUCCUCAUCGCAGGAGGACGGAGGGGAGACACCAGAAGCCACGCACAGCCACGCCGAGGAGGCACCCCACAGGCAGUUUCACGCGGUCGCUGGUGGAAUUCCGGAGGUGAUGGCGCACGGGAGGAGGAGGCGGCUGCGGCUGUGCAGGGUGCUUGGCCUCGUGGCAACCCUGCUGGUGGCCACCGUGCUCUCGCUGGCGUACAAGGCGGCCGGCCCACCCGCCACCGUGCCCCUCGACUCCAGAGGCAACGGCAUUUUCCGCACUCGAGCCCUGCAGAGUUACGAGGGCAAGGCGGCUCCACGCGAAGUUCUAAAACCGACGGACGCCUCGUUGAAAAGCAAAAGUGCGAACGUGGUUAAACUCGACGAAAGUGGGAGAAACUCGAUAGACGAAGGCGGAAAGGUGUCAAAGAGCGAGGACGGGACUCCUUAUUCCAAACUGCACAGUGACGGAUGGGACAGGAAGCCCGCCAGCAUGACAUCGGACAAUAAAGAUCCUCUAAACUCCACGCAGUCGACCAAGGAGAUGAACCAAACGGACUCGCACGAGCAACUCGAUUACCCGAGGGACUUAUUCACCCUGGAGCAGCGGAAGCGCGGUGCCGUGGUGCUGCACAUGCUGGGCAUGAUCUACAUGUUCAUCGCGCUUGCCAUCGUGUGCGACGAGUUCUUCGUGCCGGCGCUCGGUGUCAUCACCGAAAAACUCGCCAUCUCCGAUGACGUCGCCGGGGCCACCUUCAUGGCGGCCGGAGGCUCGGCACCUGAGCUAUUCACGUCCCUGAUCGGCGUCUUCAUCUCGCACAGCAACGUAGGCAUCGGCACCAUCGUGGGCUCGGCCGUCUUCAACAUCCUGUUCGUGAUCGGCAUGUGCGCCGUGUUCUCGCGCGAGAUCCUCGUGCUCACCUGGUGGCCGCUCUUCCGCGACGUCUCCUUCUACAUCGUGGGGCUCAGCAUGCUCAUCAUCUUUUUCCUCGACAACCUCAUUCAAUGGUGGGAGAGCAUGCUGCUGCUCAGCUGCUAUGUGAGCUACGUGGUGUUCAUGAAGUUCAACGCGAAAGUCGAGUCCUUCGUGAAGCAGCGCCUGAGCAUGGACCCUCCGGCCAAGAUCCCCGGAGGCAUCGACGAGGGGGACAAGGUCAGCCCAGCCAAGCCACACACGUGACCCCCCUCACUGCCAUCCCUCUCUUCUUCUGGUUCAUUGAAAUUUUUCGGCCCAUUUUCUCACGAACCGUUUAUUUUCAUUUGCGACGGCAAUUCCGCUUCUUUCUGUCCAUUGCUGCAUCUAUCAACUGAUGUAGCUUCCAUCUCAUCCAGCACCUGAUGUAUCCCUCUCAUAUCACUGCUUAUUCACGCGCGAGCAUACGUGCAAAUCCCACUCCAUUCUAUUUAAUGGGAUUUACUAAAAAAAAAUUAGUAAACUAAAAACCCGCACAUUCUUUUAACAUUUUUAACAUCCGUCCUUCCGUCCCAGCCAGCCAGCAAAAUGUUUGUGAUAUCAUACUUUAUUGGUAGAGAGCCUGUUACUCUGUCAUUUCCAUACUCUUCUCACAAUCCUGUACUCGGGGCACCAAAAUGUAUCAGAUUUUUUUACGUAAUACAUUGCAAGGUAAUAGGUAUUGUGAGUUAAAAAAAAUAUUAUUUAGGAUUUAAAGAAUAUUUUGGCGAAAGGGUAACAUUAAUAGGAGCACACAUUGAAACGUUCCAGCAAAUUGAAAUGAACCGUGUCAGUCUUCUGUAUUUGUUCCUCGCAGCUAUUUGGUGUCGCUGUAUAUCACGUCCUGUGAACUUCUUCUGCUGUUUCAAAUUUAAUGCAAUGUUUAUUUGCUGCACAGAUAAUCCCGUUUAGCCAGUUGCCCAGCUAGUUUCGGUGACAGCCACUAGCAAUAGAGUUCCCGUUCGGGUGGAGAGGAGCCCGGCCAAUCCUAUCUCUCUCUCUCUCUGCCACCUCUCACCCUCGCUCUCAUUAUUCCCACCUCUCCACUUUCCCAUCACAAUCUCCCUUGCCUCUCCAUAAUCCUCAACCUCCCACUGCGUGUCGCUUUCCUUCACUUUUUGCUCUCUUUCCUCUCCGUUGCAUGCCCUUUCACCCUCUCGCCGCCCCUCUCUUCUCUCUUCCUCUCCAUCUGUUCCUUCCUCCUCUACCUCCUUCGCUCCCCUCUCUCCUCCGUCGCAUUUGUGCGGGAUACACGAUGCAUGCACCCAGCUCAACACUGUGGAAUACGGGUGACGUCAUCACGCAUAUGUGCGUGGUGAAGUCAUGCACUGCGCACGCGCACUUGCGAGCCAGCCUGCCAGGAAGACAGGAAUCCAGGCAGGAAGCCAGCCAGCAAAGCUUUUUUUUCUGAUAUACGGUAGUAUGACGAUACGAAGGUGCAGCCCUGCAAUAGCUUGCCGAAAUGACUGCUGGCAGAAGAUCCUCGACUCGAGGGAGCUCUCGAGAGUUGUUCUCCAGAGGGUAAUUUUGGCCUACUCUUCCAUACUGGCCAGAUGCCUUAGAAGGAGUGGGGGUACCCACACUUGAUCCCACCACACGCGACCUGCCAGGCGACUGUUUUGUACCUCUUUGUACUGCUGGAUGGACAGAGUCAGCGGGGGGAUUUGAAACCAAAUUCUUUCAACUGCCCCCCAUUAGGGGAACGAAUCAAACCAGGUGACCUCUGGUUUGCAAGUCCAGCACGCAAAAACCAUUACACCAAAUCGAGUCUGUGUUCGUAUAAUGCUUGAGAUUAGAUAUUUACUUUAGUCGCAGAGCUCCGAGGCUUCGGUCAGGGUUGCAGGUGAGACCGUUGACAGAGGAGCGGUGUCUCGUCCACUUUGCAAUGCUUGAUAUUGAAGUGUAAGUAACUGGUUUCAAGUUUAGGAAUACUAUAUAUUUUUUUAUAUAUAUAAAAUAUGAAACGUCAAAUAAGUUCCAUCUGAAUCUAAUGGCCACGAAGUACCAAUACACAUUGAACAUGCAUUUCUAUUGGGUUCUUUUACGGGUAAAACAUAGGAAAGGGAUAAAGAGAAUAACUAAAUGCAGUGGUUAGCACAACUGUGUUGUGAUCCUGGAGUUAAAUUCUGGGCCACAGCUAACACCAGUGGAAAGUGAUAUCUCAAAUGAUCCUAAUGCAGAAUCAGAAUCUUUGUUUACCCUGGGGAAAUCCGAUGAGCUAUGAAGCUCUUUUUCACAGAUGUCCAGUAGGGGUGGGGUCAGGAAAUUAUAACAAUAAUACAAAAAUCGAUAGGGGUGUAAAGUAUAGGAAACGUAAGCAAAUCAAUAAAUAUGAAUACAUAAAAUAAAAAGUAUAUAAAGUCAAAUUCAGGAAGUGCACUAAUUCCCAAUCUUGGGCAAGGCAGCAAAACAACAUACAAAACAGUCCCUCUAUAAAAUUAAAAGUCUAUAAAAUUGCACAUACAAAUGUAACUAUCGAUACAUGAGUAAGGAUGAAAGUUACAAAUCACAUUUGCAAAUGCAGUUGUAUCCAGCACUAAUCUCCUUUUCCAGCAUAUUUUUAAAAGGAAAAUUUACGAUUUUAAGGGAGGAAAUAGGGUUGUUCUAAAACAUUGGUGCUUCAACGGCAAAGGCUUUGUCACCUUUUCCUCUUCUUGCUCUUGGGAUAGUUAAAAGGCAAUUAGAUGGACGGCUUACGUUUCUUGGGUAUGACAAUGAGGCUAAUGAUUUACUAAGUCUAGCACCAACCUGUACUGACUAGCAUGGUGAAGUUUGGUCAAACUGCCUCCACGGCUGACUUUACAAAUGAUUGUUACGUUUAAGCAUUCAUUGUGGUACAAAAAAGAGUUAUGUAGAAAACAGUAUUAAAACGACUCACAAGUACCUAUUAAUUUUUGUAUAGCAGUCCAAUCAGCACCUACCGUUACAUUUCUUAUGAUAAAAUUACGUUGCAGAGAUGGAGCUAAACAAAAGUGUAUUAUUACGUAAAUUUGUAUGAUUCUUGCAGGACUGUUUUUAUUAUUAUAAUCACCAGACCACACUAACCAGCAUGGCGAAGUAUGGUUAAACACCCCCCCCAACCCCCCAUGGUAAACACAGCAUCAGGGGAGGCCUCCGUCCAGCAGUGGAUUGACAGAGGACUGAACAUUUAUGUUUAAUUGUAUUACUAUUAUCUUCUCGUCGCAUUAUUACCUCCACUUACAUAUCAACGUUAGGCUUACCAUCAUCCUCAUACUGGAUCUUUAUUAACUCCAACUCUGUGAUCAAAGAAACUAGCCCUUGUGCAAAUUACUCCGGUGAACUGCGUCUGUCCUGUAUGCAAUAGACUCGAGCUUCGUGCGUGACACUCGCAUAUAAUGGGCCGCCUGUAUAAAUCAUGCAUGCAAUAUUGGGAAUUUAUGUCAGGCAUUGCUCAUAAAAAAUGAAUAAAGAAGUAAAACAAUAUUGUAGCGUUAUGACGGCAAUAUAAAUUAUACCAAAAUAUAUUCACUGCUCGUUUAAUUUGUUGAAAAUGGCUGAUAAAUCACGUGAGCAUUUAGCCUGCCACUGGUCUGGGCGGCUGAGCAGUCGUGUUCUGCAUCUGGUACUUCUGACAUCUGUUCUGGCCCAGACGGGGGAUUUUACAACUUCCCCUACCCUGAGGAACAAUAUUUACAGUUAUUAAUAGGUAUCAGCUCUCUUCGUAAACGCAUCGUUUUUUUUUUAAAUAUUCCUAUUCAAACUCGAUUUGGCUUUCUUGAUGCCUUUAAUAUUUAAAGCAGAAUGAGCAACACUUGCCAGAUUAUCCACAGGAGGAUAACAAACAUUUGUGAUACAGUAAAGGCAGAGGUAGUCAAGGACAAAUAACAACUCAAUACAUUCGUCAAUAACACUGCUCUGAAGAGGGACACAUUUCGGCCACGCUUUGGCAUUGUCCUGUCUUCAUAACGGAGAGAUUUUCAACGCAUUUAUUUCAAAACAUAUAUUUGGUUUUAUAACAAAGACAGCCCAAACAUCCACAACAAGGCAUAGCACAGAAACACAUCUGGGAGUCCAUCUUUCAAUGUUCCGUAUUGUGUGCCGGCAUUUGUCAGCGAUGUCCCAAGCAAUGCACUGAGAA